AUGAACCAGCCAAGCCACGCCGACAGCCCCACGGUAGCCGUACUUGAUGUCAAGCUACCUCCGUUUUGGACUGGCGACCCGGAACUUUGCUUCGUGCAAGUUGAGUCGCAGUUCGCUGCACGCCGCAUCACUGCUGACAGCACCAAAUACCACCACGUGGUGGGCAACCUCCCGCCUGCGACGGCCAGCGAGGUGCGGGACCUACUGCUAACACCACCCGCAAAGAACGCCUACCAGACGCUAAAAGAGACAUUGAUUCGCCGUGUCACACCGACAGAGCCCGAGCGUCUCCAACAGCUACUGCGGGAGGCCGAACUUGGCGACCGCCGACCCAGCCAGUUGCUACGCCACAUGCAACAACUGGCCGGCGACGCGACAGCAAGCGACGGUCGUUUGGUGCGGGAACUGUUCCUGCAAAGGCUUCCCACAAGUGUACGGAUAGGCCUUACGGCGUCGGGCGAGACAGAUCUUGCGAAGAUGGCCGAGCUCGCCGACAAACUCACGGCUGUCGACGUGCCCACAGUCGCGUCGGUGCACGCAGACGCACCGUCCGCCAAUUCUUUGCAAGAGAUGCGAGAGGAAAUUUCUCGCCUCGCAGACACCAUCGCAGCGCUGCACUCGAGCGGAAACCAGCGACAACGACAGCGUACCGCAUCACAACCACAACAACGCAGGGUGUGCUGGUACCACCGCAAAUUCGGCAACGCUGCACGGAACUGUGUGUCGCCCUGUGAAAAUUCGGGAAACGCCCCGGGCCAGCACUGA